ACAUGUCAGCUUCAAUCAUGGACGACAACGAUAGCGUCAUCAGCGAUUUGCAGAGUGUGAUGGGCACACCCCACCCAUUCAGAGAGUUACCAAUAUCAGCUGAGAACAGUCUUCAUACCUCCUCCAGUAGUGACGCCGUGAUCAGAGCUCUGCAGACGUUACAGCUGAAGAUAAAGAAGCUUGAGCUAGAACGUGUCCAAGCAGAGAAGAAUUUUGGUAGCCUAGAAAAGGAAGCAAAUACCUACAAGGAUCUUGUGAAUAAAGCAAAAGUCUCUGAAUCAUGGGCUUCAAAAGGAGACGAGAAGGUUAUGUACCGGCUUCAACCAACCAACACAUCAACACCGACUGAUAAGGAAGAUUAUCAGCGACCAGACUCCGCUCAAGGAGACGGCUCAUCAGAAGCAAUUCAACCUCAGAAGUUGAGCUACAACCCUGAAACCGACCAAAACAUUUCGUCUAGAAGGAUUGAGUAUAAAUCUGACGCUGCACUUACAGAUGCUAAUGAUGAUAAAGUGGAAGCUUUGCUGACAAAAGCCAGAGCUCUGUACUGUCCUUCUAGUUCUCAACCGUACGCUACUUACGUCAGACCUACCAAGGAUAAGAAAUCAGAAGUGACCAGUUCCUCUAAGAGUUCCUCUAAGAAACAACACGACAGUAAAGUGAGUAUCCUAGAGAAACAGCUGGAGUACAUGAGAAGACUGGUUCAUAACGCUGAGCAGGAGAGGGUCAAGGCUACUGAGAGGAUGUGUGCUAUUGAACAGGAGAAAGAGAACCAGGUCGGGAGAUCAACAAAGGAAGAGCUGGAGAGGCAAAAUAAGAAGAUAGCUGAGUUGGAGAUGGAAUGUUACAAACUAAACACUGCUCAUAAUCUGGCAGAGGGUAAGAUACAAGGACUGGAGGGAAAGCUGCACAGUGAGCGACAGAAUCACGAGAAAUUGAUGGAGCAAACUGAGCAGUUAGCGCGAGUAACAGAAGAGAACAAGAAUCUGAUGCUGAGUAUAACUCCUUCUCUCCCUCCUUCCCCUGAUCCUCCUGUAAGAGACGAAAAUAAGAAGAAGAAAAAACGAAAGAGACCGUCUAGUACCGGUAGCUCCAUACCUCAGAGCUCUGCUCCCUCAAUAAGGGUAUCCUCAGCUCCUCCUGCCGAUCUUAAGAGAACUAUACCUUUCGUGUGUGGCAGAUCCGCUCACCCUUCUCACUCACUUACCGCUAACGUCCAGCAGAUGUUAUCAGCUCUCAAGCACGAGAACCCUGCACGGUGUGCCAGAAUAAGUACAAAACAGCGUACAAAGAAAGGAGGAGGAAGUUCGGGGAAGGAGAUAAAACAAGUUAUAAGCGGACUCGAGGACGAUUUGGGGGCCCUCACUUUUGAGCUUCAAAAGAUUUCAUCCGUACCAGACCCCUCCGACUCAGAUACACAAAAACGACUCAGCUAUAUUUCUGAUCAAAUGGAAAAGAAAGUUUCUCAUAUCAAGAAACUGAAAUCCUGCCUCAAAAAGCUGGAGAACGAAUCAAAAGAGCGCGUGGUCCGAGCUCAAGCUGUCCCAUCCUCCCGACCUUUGUCUAAUCUGUCUAACAGAGAAGUACAGAUCUGUGUUAGGGGGAGCAACACUCGCGAGCUUCUUACUAAAGUUAAGAACAUUCGAGAUGUUCUCUCUAAUAAAGAUCUCCAAUGGAUAUGAACUGUGAACUGUGUUAAUUUGACUUAUUCUUAGCGAUUCUUUUCUUGGUUUGGUGUUGUUUCCCAGACUUACGAUUGCUUUCUGAUAUCAGUUAAUUGAUUACUAGUUAGUUAAUUAGUAAAUUGCGAUCUUAUUAUUGUCUUAUGUUUUUAGGCCGUACAGUGCUAUUAUUGUAAAUAAUAUUUAUCAGACGUUUAUGAAGUUGUGACAGGAGACUCAAGCAUGACAAUUGGUUUACAGUUUUGUUGUAUGAAUAAAUGAAAUUUAAUAAUGAAAACAGUAUUGAUAUGGUUUAACAAAUUUGAAUGAAACUAUUUUACUUUUCUCUUAACUAUGUAUUUCCGAUUACUAGUCCCCUGCUACACGGCAUGUAAACAGGGAUUGGCUAGUUAGAGGCGGUCCGUGUAGGCCUUACACUGUGCUUUCAGCAAUACUCAUAAGAUGGAAGCUGUUAUAUUCCCAAACUUAUCACAAGUUACAUCCACUUCCUUCAAAUUUUUAACUUAAAUUUCGUUAGCCUAACAUUGAUUUUGGGCUUUUAUUCUGUUAUGAAAUGACAAAUUCAAUGAAAAUAGAAUGUCAUUGAUUUAGAGAAUCACAGGAGAAAAUAAUGAUCAGCGAAUGCAUCACCUCAUAUUUAGAGGUGCAAGAUUGCAAGAACAAGUUGUAACCUUCUUUAACAAGGUGAGUGUAAAUGAUUACUAACGUUU